GAGGCCGGUCAGGAGUCCCGGACUGGUUGCCUGGGCUGGAGCUUUGAGAUCUCAAUUUAACCUGGAAGCACGUGCGGCUGAGGUUGAGAUUGUCGGACUAAGAGAGCAGUCUUGCUCUUACUUCAGCAAAUCCUUCGCAAAAGACUCUCCUUUGACUUGAGCCGACCCUGUGGUCCCAGUCGCCAGCCGUGGCGAGACUGGCCUGAGGCUGAGGUCAUGUGAAGGAGUGCGAGAGGGCGCGCCAUGUUCUCCUCGCGCUCGGGCCGGGGGCUCGGCUACCUCCGGCCGGGUCAGCUUCAAAUGUGGAUCGGCGAGGCCGCCGGGUGCUGUCAGACCCGGCUGUACGGCUCAUGGUGCGGAGACCGCCGGCCCGGGUCCGAGCCCCAGGUCGCUCCGCCUGGCCGCGUGCGCCGGACCGCGAAGGAGUGGGCCCUGCAGGUGAGCCCGUUCGGUCGGCUGCGGGCGCGGCUCCCGUGCCACCUGGCCGUGAGGUCCCUGGACCCCCUCGGCUGCCCGGACGGCGACCGCGUGCUGGUGGCCGUGAGCGGCGUGGAGGGCGGGGCGCGGGACGUGGCCGGCCUGCAGGUGCAGUACGACGCGGCGCUGAAGGAGGUGGCCAUCCUGUCCGACACCAUCGACCCCCAGGCGUUCGUGGAGGUGAACGCGCCCCUGAAGUUUGAUUUGAAUAUCAAGUCAUCAGGAUCUGGCUGUGUAAAAAUCCAAAAUAUUGAGUGUGAUAAUUGCAAAAUUGAAACUGAACAGGGGACCAGCAUUUUACAAUCUGUGAAGAGUCAGAAAUUACAUGUUCAAACAAAAGGAGGUAAAGUUUUUUGUCUGGGAACAGUUUAUGGAAAUACAGACAUCUAUGCAUCAGAUAAAAGUACUGUGACCGUGGAUAAACUGCAGGGAAGUUUUAUUAAUAUAUCUACUGAUGAUGGUUCCCUGAAAGCCAAGUAUCUUUAUACAGAAUCUUCAUUUUUGUCUUCUGCUGCUGGGGAUAUUACAUUAGGAAGUGUUCAUGGUGAUAUAACAUUACAAAGCAAGAUGGGUAACAUUACAGUAGAUUCAUCCUCUGGAUGUCUAAAAGCCUCAACUCAUCAGGGUGCCAUAGAUGUUUAUGUCAGCCAACUGGGGAAAGUGGAAUUGAAAUCCCAUAAAGGCUCUAUUCUUGUCAAGGUCGCAUCUUCUCUUCAGGCUUAUUUACAGUUAUCAGGGAAAAAGGUUGAUAUGAACUCUGAAGUCUGUGUUCAAGAAAUGGCUGAAGCUCAUAAAGAUGAUGGUGUAAUAAUUACUGGGCUGAUGAAUCAAGCAAGCAAACAUGAAAAAUGGAUUAAGGCUGAUGCCCCAAAUGGCACUGUAAGUUUUAGAAGUCAAAGCUGGUUUCAGUCCCUCAAACUGCAGGACUAAGAAUGGUUUUACUUGUAUUUAUAAUUUUUAACAAUGAUUAGCAGAUCUAUGACUACAAAAAUGCAUAUAAAAGUUCAUAUAAAUGUUGAAAACAACAAACUAGAAUGAAUACUCAUGAAUUGUAUUGAGGGAAUGAAUACUUGGUGAAUUUAUUUUUCAAAAUUUGUGCUUAGCUGUUGCACUAGUUUUCCACUGUUCUGUAACAAAUUACCACAAACAUAUCAACUUAACACCCACUUACCUGCUCACAGUUCUCUAGGUCAGGAGCCCAGUAUGGCUAAGUUCUCUCCUCAGGGUAUCCACAAAGUGGACUCAGGGUGUUGACUAGGCUGUGUUCUCACCUGGAUGCUCUGAGGAGAAAAUCUAUUUCCAAGCUCAUUCAUACUGUGAGUGAAAUCUAGUUCCUUGAAUAACUGAGGACUUCAUUUUCUUGCUGGCUGUCAGUUAAUGAUCACUCUAAGCUUUCAGAGGCCACCUGCAUCCUUUCUUGGGUAGCCCUCUCCAUCUUGAAGCCAGCAAUGGUGCAUUUUCAGUACUACGCAUGCUUUGAAUAUCUGCCCCUCUUCUGCAACCAGUUGGAGAAAACUCUGCUUUUAAAGGGCACACUUGAUUAGAUCAGUUCUACCCAGAAUAAUUUGUUUUGCCAUAUUACGUAACAUAAUCAUGUACGUGACAUCGUAUUUACAGUUCCCACUCACACCCAAGAGUAGAUUAUACAAAGGCAUAGGUAAUGGGGAGGCAGUUAUCCUAGAAUUCUUUGCACAAUAGCUUUCAUGUAACAUGUUCUCUACCUUAUAGUUACUAUGACAUCAGUGUAAAUUGAAGCUGUGAAUAAAAAACAUCACAAAUAUGAUACAA